AUGGGGGCUGACGAAGUAUCAAAGCUAGCGUCAUCAGAAGAAGGGGGGAUUAGCACGGACCUGGCGAUGGAGGUCCAGAAACACCCUAGUAUCGAAGAGGUUGCUACGUUCACCAUCCAGAGCAUAGAUACUUGGAUGACGCCCAUAAUAUCCUUUCUCCAGGACGGGCGCCUCCCUCAAAACACAGAAGAAGCUAAAAAGAUCAAGAAGAGAGCAGCCAGGUUCACGAUCCUAAAUGACGCCUUGUACAGGAGAAGCUUCUCUAUGCCUUACUUGAAGUGCGUCGACGAGGAAGAGGCCAGAUACAUCCUGGAGGAAGUACACGGAGGAAUUUGUGGCGAUCACGUCGGCUCCAGAUCCCUGGUGAACAAGGUGGUAAGAGCAGGGUAUUUUUGGCCAACCAUGCAGGUGGAUGCUGCUGAGAUCGUCAAGAGGUUUGGGAUUCCCUUAACGAUCAUAUCAGAUAAUGGGAGGCAGUUCGACAACCAAGGCUUCAAGGAAUUCUGCUCAAACCUUGGGAUCAAGAAUCAGUUCUCAUCCCCAGGGCAUCCUCAGGCAAACGGGCAGACGGAAGUGACGAACCGGACGCUGCUCAAGAUUAUCAAGACCAGACUGGACGAUGUGAAAGGUGCUUGGCCAUAA